AUGUACGGCUCGGCGAAGAGCCGCGUACAGCUGCAGAAACAGGACAGCUCCCAUAAACUGCCGAGGAUGCCGCUCACUGACGACCAGCGCCAGGCCAUCAAGGUCUCAUACGCCAAGCUGGCCGAGAACCCAACCAAAUAUGGGAACGAGCUGUUCAUUCGGCUCUUCGCCGACUUCCCAGACUACAAGGACAUCUGGCCUCGAUUCCGUGCCAUUCCGGAUAGUUCGAUCGUCGGCUCGGAUCAGCUCCGCACCCAUGCUACCGUAUACAUGAAAGGACUGGGGACGAUCGUCAGCAAGAUCGAGAACGAGGAGGAGCUGCAGGACAUCAUCAAGAAGAUCGCUCAAGCGCACAUCAAGUUCAACAUCUCGCGCUCACACGUCGAGCAUAUGGCCCCAAGUCUUCUCGCGGUGCUGAAGAACGCCAACGGCUCCAUCGACCCUGGGACCAAGGAAGCCUGGGAGGCGUUCUUCGAGAUCUUCGGCGACGUGCUCGUCCAGCUGACAAAGGGACGC